AUGAAAUCUCACGUGCAUCAGUUAAUCUGCUCUGCACUACUGCUGUUCCUCCUCUGCUGUGCCUACGGGUGCGCUGCUGCUGUUGUGAAUCUGAAGAGUGAGGAUGGCUGGGAACCCAUUCGUAUUGGUGUGUAUCCAGGAGGUUUAUCCGUAUGGAUUAAAUCAUGUCGCAGGUAUAGUACCAACAAAGUGUCAUUUGGUAGCUUCGCUACGGUUACUUAUGAAAAAUUGAUCAUCUGCGACCCAGUAACUGGAAUAACGCCGGAAAAGGCAAAAAUGAUGCAUAAGGUUGUUGUUGAAGGGUCCCGCCUACACAUGGAUCGUCUCCUCGUAAAACCUGUGAAGGGAAACUUGUUAAUUGAGAAACACCAUGGGUAUGACUUUAAAGAGCGCUGUCCAGAUGCCUUUCCUCGUCGUGACCAUCUCACAAAGGGUAUCCCAAAAGUUGAUUUCGCGCUGUAUUUGGGUCUUACAGCAUCGCAUGAAGAACACCGGAUUUGCUCUAAAGAUGCCAAUGGGCGUCCGACAUCUGGCUUGAUAAAGCUAAAUCCGAAGGAAUUUAACAAUACAAGGCAUUACAUUCGUUUGGCUGCACAUGAAAUUGGUCAUGCACUUGGUUUUACCCUUGAAGAGUUCAAAGAGAAUGACAUGCUGUUGGAGGAGAAAAGCAAUACCGGAAGGAAUAUUAUGGCUCUGUUGACGGAUACUGUGAAGAAGAAGGCGCAAGAUCAUUACAACUGUAAAAGUCUUAAUCACAUGGAGUUGGACUAUCGCAGUGGUAAAAAUGAGUACCCACACUGGAAGCGACGCCACGCAAAGGAUGAACUUAUGAGCACAUACGUUAACAGGCCCUCCGCCAUGUACUACACGGAAUUGACACUUGCUGCUUUUCAUUCUCUGCCUUAUUACAAAGCCGAUUUCAGCAAAGCAGAAACGAUGACAUGGGGCCGGAAUGCCAGUUGUGAAUUCCUUACAGGAAAGUGUGUAGAGGACAGUACUCCCAAGUUUCCUGAGAUGUUCUGUAAUGAUAGCACUACUGUCCUGCGUUGCACCACUGACCGCGCAUCCCUUGGGACGUGCUCAAUGAAACAGCUUGCCUCUGAUGUUCCCAGGGAGUUCCAAUACUUUACUAACAAGCGAAUUGGUUCACCUUCCAGUGAUAUGAUGGACCACUGCCCAGUCAUUGAAUCUUCUUGGAAAACAUCGUGUGAAUUUGGUGAUGAAGAUGCAAUGCCUGGUAGUAUUGUGAGCAAUAUGUCACGAUGCCUGGAGGGAGAAUUCCUGGAACCGCGUGAACCGAAGUAUAUCGGUACGUUCCGCGACAUUUGUGCGAAUGUGAAGUGUGAAAACGGCAUCUUGAAGGUGCAGUAUAAGGGAAACGAGAAGUGGCACGAGUGCACCGAUGGGAAGCGCAUUGACAUUGAGAAAGGUCCAGCGUUAUAUGGUGGAAAGAUUGUUUGUCCCAAAUACAGCGAUUUCUGCACGGAUAAGCCAGAGGAAAGCCAAUAA